AUGAUGAAUUUCAGUCAGGUUUCUUAUUUCACUCUAGGAGCCUACUUUGACCCUGGGCCUUUGCGGUGGUUGUAUUUUGUCAUUAUAUUGUCUGUGUAUGUUCUGAUAGUGCUGUCAAACCUGCUCCUUAUUGUUGUCAUAUGUUUGAAUAAGACUCUACAUGAACCAAUGUACAUUUUUAUUUGUAGUUUAUUCAUCAAUGAGGUAAAUGGCAGCACUGUAUGUCUAGUUUUCAUUGCAUAUCAAAUCCUUCAAGAUGUUCACACGAUUUCAUAUAACCUGUGUUUUCUUCAAAUAUUCUUUUUGUAUUCUUACCUUGGAGUUAAUUUUACAAACCUGGCUGUCAUGUCAUACGACCGAUAUGUGGCCAUCUGCUUUCCUCUGCACUACAACACUCACAUGACCCUGAGAAAAGUCACAUGUCUCAUUGUUGUCACUUGGCUGUCUCCAUUAGUGGCUGUUGGAAUAACAAUUGUUCUCACUGCAUCUUUAAAACUUUGUGGAAACAUCAUGGACUCAGUUUAUUGUGAUAACUACCUCAUCAUCAAACUGGCCUGUUCAGAUGCAACAGUGAAUAAUUUUUAUGAAGUGGUCGCUGCUGCUGUCUUUGUGUCAGUACCUCUAAUAAUAAUUUUCUUUACCUAUAUACAGAUUUUUAGAGUGUGUUUUAAUGGAACCAAACAGACACGGCAGAAGGCUGUGAGCACAUGCACGCCUCACCUCUUUUCUGUUGUAAACUUUGCUAUUGGAACUUCAUUCCAAAUUUCUCAAACCAGGUUUGAUCUAAGCCAUUUGCCUCAAAUGUUGAGAAUAAUUUUAUCAUUAUAUCAUCUGACAUGUCAACCACUGUUCAACACACCUAUGUACGGCCUGAACCUGACAAAAAUCAGAAAUGUGUGUAAAAACCUAUUUUCUAAAUCAAGAAAUGCUGUGACGAUGAUGGAGAUGACUUAA